CCGCCGGCAGGUGUCGCCCUCCCCCGGGACACACACAAGAUGGCGGCGGCGGCGGCGGGCGGCGGCGGCGGGACCCUCUGACGGUGCCGCCAUGUUGGUGAGGGCGGUAACGGCGCCGGGGCUGCGCCGCCUGUGCCGGGGCCGGCGGGACGCGGCCGCCGCCUGCUUCCCGCCGGGCCGGGCGCUGCUGGGCGUGCGCGGGGCCGAGGCCGCCGUGUUCCUGCAGGGGCUGCUCACCAAUGACGUCACGCAGCUGGCGGCGGCGGCGGACGGGGCCCCCUCCGCGCUGUACGCGCACGCGCUGAACGUACAGGGCCGCUGCCUGUAUGACGUCAUCCUGUACAGGCUCCACGGGAGCGCGGGAGAGGAGCCUCACAUCCUGCUGGAGUGCGACAGCAACGUCCUGGAGCCCUUCCAGAAACACCUGAAACUGUACAAGAUCCGCAGGAAAGUUGACAUCUCCCCCUGCCCUGACCUCUCCCUGUGGGCUGUCAUCCCUGGGGAACAGGCUGGAGAUGCCUCCAGCUCCCUCCCGAAAUGUGCAGGCCAGGCUGUGCUCUUGACUCCUGACCCCAGGGCAGAGGUCAUGGGCUGGAGACUGAUCACAAAGAAAGGAGCAAAUCUGUCGGAGAUUAUCCCUGGGAGUGAAGUUGGAGACGUUCAGGAUUACCACAGGCACAGGUAUAAGCAAGGAAUUCCUGAAGGUGUGAAGGAUCUCCCUCCUGGAGUCGCCCUCCCUCUGGAGUCCAACCUGGCCUACAUGAACGGCAUCAGCUUCACCAAGGGCUGUUACAUCGGGCAGGAGCUGACGGCCAGGACACACCACAUGGGCGUCAUCCGCAAGCGCCUGCUCCCCGUCUCCUUCUCAGCUCCGCUUCCCAAAGACGGCAUUCCCGAGGGUGCCGAGAUCCUCACCGAGUCGGGAAAGCCGGCCGGGAAGUUCCGGGCGGGAGGAGGUGACCUCGGGAUAGCUCUGCUGAGGUUGGCUCACGUAAACGAGCCGCUCUGCAUCGAUGUGGGAGGGGAUAAAGUGAAGCUCAGCGCAAACACGCCCGAGUGGUGGCCGAAAAGUGCUGCUAAAUAGGUGAGGAGCCACCAGUUGCCUUCUGGAGGAUCUUAUUCUGUGGGAGAAGUUUGGCCUUCGGCUGGUGUUUGUGGUGUUUGAUGGAGGGGUGUCACAGGAGGCCUCAAAUCGGGACUGAACUCAAACUGGGUCCCCUCAAAUCGGGAACCCAAAGCUGUGAGGUCGGAUCGUCCACUGGGUGUUGUGGAGAGAGAUACACAGGGAAGUGCACUUUUUCCUGAGGGUAAUCCCUGUUUAUUUAGGGGUUGCCACGUGUUGUUGGAUGGAUUUUGAGUCUGACCCUCCAUCAGACUGUGCUCCGUGUAGGAUGUGGGGCGUGUUCCCACUGAAGUGAGCAAUGGGAGCAGGAGAUUCCCUGUUCCACGCACUGAAUGUUUCAGUUCAGAAUAACCAUUUUGUGGUAUUAUGAUGAUUUUUGUUUGUUUUUUUUUGUUUUUUUUUUUUUGAGUGGAGAUCAUGCUGCUCUUACGUAUUCUCAGGCUAAAAGUUUUUACUGCAAAUUACUCCUUGCAUUGAGCUUCUUAAACUCGCUGAUUGUGUGGGUGUUUCUCCCCACCGCUGGAAUUGUGUUCAGGAAGAGGAAUGCCUUGUACUUUCACAUUUCAGACCUUGAUUUUAAGUUGGCAUUUCUUUGCUUCACUUUUUUUCUGGCCCCCAACACUCUUCUGCCUUCCCAAUUUUCCCUGCUCCUGCAGUCAGCAUGUUCCUCUUUGCUUCCAAAGCCAACCGGCUCCGUGCCUCCUAUCCCUGUCAACCUGCAGUGAUUUAUAGGAGCCCUUUCUAUUUUUGUAUUACAAUAAAUCCAUUACACAAGGGCGUGAUGAGAGAGGUGCCCAGGUCCCCUCCCAUUUUGACCAAAAAAAAACCCCAAAAACCACAACCUCUUGCAUGAAUAUUUUUAACAAAACCCGUCCAAAGCACAUUCUGCUGCUGUUUCAGCGUUACUGUGAAAGGAAUUUGUGAAAAAUGCUCAUAUUGAUUAAAACUCUAUGGUUGCUGUAAAGUGAGUCUGUGGAAUAUCUUGUUAAUUAUCGUAUCUAAUUUAAAAGUGAUUUAUCUGAA